AUUGCAUUAGUAUACUACUGUUCACCAGUAGUGACAGCCGCCGGUCGCCUACCGUUGGAUGAUUUACGUAUUUUUCCCUCUCAAAAUUAUAAUUUUUCAAAUUGUAGCUUUCGCGUGGUCGUUGAAGGGAAACGAUCGAAAUCAUUCUACUGCGUAUUAAAUCGUACACGCGGAAAACGAGUUUUCGCACGAACGGAAAUAAAAUAAGUUUUUCGUGAUCGAUAAUUAUUUUUGUUUUGUUCUCGACUCGUUUGGUGUGCGACAAUUCGCCGGGCGAAUCACCCGGUUUUUAUAUUAUAGACGACGAACGCAGUAUCGAAAUGUAUCCUUACCACGUCCGAACGUGACGUCGUGAUAGAGGUACACCUCAGCCGUCGUAUUUUGGAAAUUUUUUAUAAAAGCACUAUACGUAUACACACACCUCCAUUUGACUGCCUGUUUUUUAAGCCCCCGCGAUAAGCUCGCAUUUAUAGCUUGUAUCGAAAUAUCCAGUAAAAGCGUAUUUCGUACGAAGAAAUGAUGGCGGACGACGUUAAAUAUAGGACCGAUGACGCAUCCAACAACAACGUGACUGGCAAAAGAAUGCAAUUGUUUCCGAAAAAAGCUGAAGUCGAUUUGACGUUCAAAAAUCUCACCUAUACCGUAAAUACAUUCAUCAAAUUCAAAAAAGUAAAAAAAGAGAUUUUGCACGGAAUUGACGGCAGUUUCCGGUCUGGACAAUUAACGGCUAUCAUGGGACCGUCAGGUUGCGGCAAAAGCACAUUACUCAACGUUCUCGCCGGAUACUCGAUAAGUGGAAGUUCAGGCCAAGUGUAUUUGAACGACUCGUUACGAGAUGAAAAACAAAUGGCCAACAUAAGCUGCUACAUACAGCAGGACGAUUACGUGCGUGACCUGUUGACUGUCAGAGAGUCGAUGACGGUCGCUGCCCACCUCAAGUUACCAACAACCUUAUCGGCUAUAUCAAAAGCCGAUCGAGUGGAGGACCUGCUUGACGCGUUGGGCCUAUCCGUUCAUGGAGACACUAUCACCAAACGGCUCUCCGGAGGCCAGAAAAAGAGACUGUCCAUCGCUUUAGAACUUAUAACCAACCCUUCAAUAUUGUUCCUAGACGAGCCCACCACUGGUUUGGACAGCCAAUCUUGCAGCCAGUUCGUAUCAUUGAUGGCCGAUCUAGCGCACAAUCAAAGUCGUACCAUGGUGUGCACACUGCAUCAGCCUAGUGCUUUACUGUUUGAAAAGUUCGACCAAAUUUAUGCGUUGUCCUCAGGUCAAUGUAUCUACCAAGGAUCUCCUAACUUAGUGAUUCCUUAUUUCGCUGAACAGACCAUCGUAUGUCCACCAUAUCACAAUCCGGCAGACUUCUUGAUCGAAGUGGCAAUAGGAGAGUAUGGUACUGAUGUACUGGUCAAACUGGUUGAUACAACGAAAAUCCCAUAUAUUAACGGACACAAUAAUUGUAAUUUAAUUUCCAGUGAUCAAGAAUUACAACUAAAACAUGGUACAUGCUUGAAAAACAAUAAUAAUAUUGACAAGAAACAACCAUUUAAAACCAAGAUCUUAAACAAACCUCCAUAUUAUUUACAGGCUUAUCAUUUGUACUUACGAAAUGUCAUUAUGUACAAACGUAACAAAACAAACCUUAUGCUGCGGAUCAUUGCACAUUUCGCCAUUGCUCUUAUUUUUGGAUACUUAUACCGUGGUGUUGGCGACGACGCAUCGGUAGUGAUCAGCAAUAUGGUGUUCAUAUACGGUACAAAUUUGUUUUUGGUUUACACCGGCCAGAUGGCCGUUAUCGUAUCUUUUCCAUUAGAGUACAAGGUCUUGAAGCGGGAACACUUUAAUAGUUGGUUUACACUUUUCCCGUACAUGGUUUCCAUAUUGCUGGUUGAAAUACCGUUUCAGAUACUAUGUUGUCUCGUUUAUAUUUUGCCAUCGUAUGUCAUGACAAACCAACCACUGGAAUUGAUGCGAUUUAGUUACUUCACUAUUUUUUUGGUGGUUACAUCUUUGACGUCGCAAAGUACUGGUUUCUUGUGUGGCGCUACUUUGCCAGUUAAGGUGUCUGUAUUCGUCGGACCAGUGUUCGUGGUACUCUUGUCUGUGUUCGGUUUCGCAAUACGAUUUACGGACAUUCCCGCCAUUUAUGUGUGGCUUCACUAUUUCAGUUUUGUACGAGGGUCGUUCCAGAGUCUCGUGUAUACGUUGUACGGCUUCGGCAGAGACGUCCUACCAUGCUCUGACGAAAUGUACUGUCAUUAUAAGAACCCAAUAAAGUUUCUCACCGAAAUGGAAUUCGCUCAAGUGAACAUUUAUCCCGAAUUUUUCUACAUAUGCUUCUUUUUUCUGUGUACUUACAUACUGACGACUACAAUCAUAUGGUACAGGUUGAACAAACGGUAAAUCUAACUCAAAACCUGUAAUAGGAUUGAUGAGCAUUAAGUCAUAAUUUUAAAUUACGUGGCAAAAUAUUUUAUUUUGGAUGCGCAAUAAUAUAUUGUAUAGUGUAUGAUGAUUACUAAUAUGCUAAUGUUAUUUGUGUGUAAAAAUAUUUUAUAAAUUACAGAAUAUGUGUAUAUAACAUUAUGUUACAUAAGAGUUUACU